GGAUAAGAGCUGCUCCACCGGUCCCUUUCCUUCCAAUUAACAACCAAACAUACUAAUUUAAUAUAAAAACCGGCAACCAUUCCCAAACCUGAAUUGUCUGUAUGACUCUCUUUCGGCUGCUGCUGCUAAUAACCCUUCUUCAAAUUCAUCUCAUUUCCGUGCCCACAUCUACCAUUGUAGCCCAGCUGAUUGAAUGGCCAAAACAGUCGCCCACCACCGCCACGGCGGCCUGCGACGCCACCUCGUACCCUCAUUCCUGUUCCAGCAGCCUUGUCGCCGGCAUCAGAGACAUCCCGAGCUGGUUGCCUUCCAAGGAGAGGAAGUUGCUUCAAAUGUCACGCGGGAACAUGCGAAUCGACGCCGUGGUGGCGAACGAUGGGUCCGGUCAAUUCACCAGGAUUAGCGACGCCUUGAAGGCCGCGCCGGAUAACGGCGGUACGAGGUUCGUGAUUUAUGUUAAGGAGGGGGUUUAUGUGGAGAACGUCGUGGUUGAGACGACCAAGUCGAAUGUGAUGAUUAUCGGCGACGGCAUGGAUGCCACGGUUGUUUCCGGCAGCUUGAGCACCGCUGAAGAAAGUUCCAUGUUCAGUACUGCAACAUUUGGUGUGUUGGCCACAGAUUUCAUUGCUUCCGACAUUGGGUUCCAGAACACCGCCGGAGCAGCCAAGAAUCAAGCGGUGGCGCUAGCCGUAGCCGGCGACCGGGGAGUCUUCUACCGGUGCAAAAUGGUGGGGUUCCAGGACACGCUGUACGCGCAAGCCAACCGUCAAUUCUUCCGCGACUGCGCCAUCUACGGCACAAUCGACUUCAUCUGCGGAGACUCCGCCGCCGUGUUCCAGAACUGCGACAUCCGCCCCCGGCGACCACUGCCGGGGCAGUUCAACAGCAUCACCGCCCAGAGCCGCGCCGACCCGAGUAGCGAAACCGGGUUUUCGUUCCAGGACUGUCGCAUUACGCCGGCGGAGGAUCUCUCCGGCGUCCAGACGUUCUUGGGGCGGCCAUGGAUGAGCUAUUCAAGGACGAUUUUCAUGCACACGUAUAUGGAUUCUCUGAUCGAUCCCCGAGGAUGGGUGGGGUGGACGAGCACCGCCGCCCCCGACACCGUUUACUACGCCGAGUUCGGAAACUACGGCCCCGGCGCCGCCACGGCGAACAGAGUUGAGUGGAGGGGAUUGCAUUUGGGGAUUAGUAGUGCAGAAGCUGGCAGAUUUAGCGUUGACUCUUUUAUCGGCGGAAGCUCUUGGCUUCCCGGAACCGGUGUUUCCUUCAACCCUGGAACGGAAGCGGGGAAUGGAAUGGAUGUUUUUGUAGGGAGUUGCGACAACAGAAAACUGAACAUGGCUGUAUUGCUCAUAUGUUUGUUGAUUGUUACGUUGUUGCGUGGGGUAUUUGAGGAGUGAAGGUUUAGAAUACUUUAUUUAUUAUUAUUAUUUAUUCUUAAA